UCAGCCAGUCUGUCUGCCUCCUAGCGUAGUACUCUGCUUUCACUCACCAUUAUUCAUCGCCAUCUAAGGAUAUAUAUAUAUAUUUACACAAACCCACAGAGGCAGACGGAGCACCUUCCUAGCGGACCCGAGACUUUGCAUUUGGCUGAUAGAGAUAUAAAAUAUACACCACCCUGCAAAGACAUAAAAGUGGGGCUCGAUAGCAGUUCUUCUUAAACUGACAUUUGUUGUUCCCUGCUACUACAUUUUUUCCAUCACAAAGGAUUUCACAAGCAGCUGCUGAGGCUGUUAGCUCCUACUCUAGCAAACACAAGUAGAUGACUGAGAACUCGGCCUCCCAUGAUGGACAAGAAAAGUGCCAAUGGCUUUCAGUCCAAGGCCAGUGAGGGUGGUGUUCAAAGGAAGCAGCUGCCCUACUCAGUGGAGACUCCCUAUGGCUUCCACCUGGAUCUUGAUUUCCUCAAGUAUGUUGAUGAUAUUGAAAAAGGCAACACAAUCAAAAGGGUCCACAUUCAGCGCAGGGUAAAGGGCCCACCUAAAUUCAGCACUCUGCCUAGAAAUUUUAGUCUUCCUGGGCAUGGAGUAAGGCCUCCCCCAAAGGAAAAGGACAGUACUUGGUCUGGGACGUCUACCCUGGGUCCCAAGCCUAAAUCACGAGUGACAGAGGUUCAACAGAUCUUUGACUUUCGAGCAAAUGAAGGCGUGAUUUCCAGCCAGAGCAGCAGGGUGACCACGAGUCAAGGAACUGGCUAUGUUUCAACUAAACCCAAAGAUGAAGUAGGCGCGGGGGCUCGCGGUGCUGAAGACAGAACUGGGGGGAUUCAGAUUCAGAGUCGUCCAAAUCUGCUCAGAGCAUCGAGCAUGCCCAUCACGCUACAGCAGCGUAAGAGUUCAGAUUCAAGCAGCCCUGACCGUACCGUGGGAACACCAGAAAACGGCUCAACAGAGAACAUGUUCCGGGCUUCACCAGACGUAACAGAAAGACGCUGUGUUCCCCAAGAUCGAGCAGGUCUUCACCAACAGAUUACUGUUGCACUGAAGCGGGUCAGAGAGCUAGAGGAACAGGUCAGAACCAUCCCAGAACUGAAAGCUCAGAUCUGCUCUUUGAGGGAGGAGCGGGAGCAGCUGCUUCUUCAGCUACAAGCACAAGCCAAGGCCCAGGCUUCCAAAUUAUCUGCUACAGUACCAACAGGUUACGAUCCUAGGACAAAUAAUCAAUCGCAAGGACAGAGACCUUCACAGGAGAUGAAGUUAGUCCUAAAGACUCAACCCACUAGUCUUGGGCCAUCAAACCAAGCUACAGGGAAGGAGAAACGAGGUGAGACAGAGAAAACUAACAUGUUACUAUUUGAAGUGGAGAGCUCGGCACAAGGAGAAAGUAGCAUGUCGUCAGCACAAGAAGUGGAGAGACAAUCACUGCAGCUGGACAUACCUGACAAACAAAAAGAAACAGAGAGUCCACUGGGACAGACAGUGCAAAAACUGCCACGAGACAUUUCAGGGGAGGAAUUACUAUCUAUCACAGUGGCUUUAAAAGAAACAGAGACUGCAGCAAAAGAAGGAAAACCAAAGGAUCCAGAUGAUAUGCAGAAGUUGGAGGAGAAGCUAACAGUACUAGAGGCUAAACUUAUUCAGGCUAGCCAGGAGCUAGAGAGAACCAAUGCUCUUUUGAAACAGCAAAUAGAGGAGAACAAGCUAAAAGAGGAGAGAAUACUACAACUGAGUGAGGGAACAAGAGUGGAGGUUUGCACCGCAGAUGAACGUCCAAGAAGAGAGAGCAUUGACACAGGGACAGUGACAGAAAGGAUAGAUUUUACCCACCAGGAAACAGAGACAGAAUCGCCUGGUACUGUAGAUCAGGGGACAGACACUGAUAAAAUCUGCAUUGAAGUGUGCAUACCAAAACAACAGACUAAAAGUACAGAUCAAGGACCAGUGACGGGAAAAGCUGACACGCAUGACCAGGAGACAGAGAUGGAGGCAGCAAUAACAGCGACAAGUCCACCGAGGCCCAGAGCCAACAGCAUGGAACGAGGCACACUAACCGAGAGCAUCAUCACUCUGGAUCAGAUGACCGAGACUCCCGUGGCCGAAAGGGUAAACCAAGUCACAGAAACAGAAGGCGAGAUGGUGACGGACCAUCCUCAGAGACCGAGGGCCAGCAGUGUUGACAGAGGGACAGAGACAGAAAGGGUGGGCACUGUGGACAGAGUGACAGAGACAGAGGUAGCCCAGAGAGCAGACCAGCAGACUGAGACAGAGAUGGAGAGACGUCAUGACAACAACCCAGCCAGAGGUGUAGAAGCAGAGAGUCAAGUGAGUGAGAACACAGGCAGCCAAAGAGACGAAGUCGUGGUGAGCGAAAGAACAGAAGACAGGGAAACAUAUGAAAGAAUUCAAAGAGAGAGUGAACGUUUAGUUGCUGAGGUUUUAUCAGAAAGCUCAGCGGCAGCUGUAGAAAGCAUAAAAACUUUAGAUGUUGUUAGGAAGAAUGAAGAGUGCGCCAGUUCGGCUGCUAAAGCAGGAGAAAAUAAGAUUAAAGUGAGUUCUGAACAAGAUGACUCAGAAACAAAAGAAAUUACAGAAGUGGUUGAAACAAGACCAGCUGCCCCGGAGACUACAGAGAAGAAAGAAACAGGAGCCGGGGAGGUUAUGUCUGCAGCAGUCAAAGAAACUGUAGCCGCUGACACUGUUGCAGUAACUGAGGGGAAUUCAGCUGUGAAGACAGCAGCUCCUGUAAGACCACAAAGAGGCAGGAAACCCUCAGUGGAGCAAACUCAGCCGUCACCUCCUCAACUUCAGGUGGUGCCUGUGCGUCCUCGUAGGGGAUCCAGUGAAACUCAGACCCAGCCGCAGACGAAAACCCAGCCCCAGGUGCAGGAACAGAGUGCAGCUCAGCUUGAAGCUCGGUCCCCAGAACAGCUCUCUGAAACACAGGUAAAACAUCAAACACCGUCUGUGCCUCAGGUUGAGGAUCACACUAUAGCAAAGAAACCUCCUGGAGGGUCUGGAGAGAAGCAGUCUGAAUCUCGGCUUCAGUCUGAGACUCAGGCCGUGUCUCCGGGCUCUAGUGAAGUCCAAGUCAGGCCUAAAUCAAUACAAGCCCAAUCUCAAACUUCUGCACCUCGGCGGGACUCAAAAGAGCUGAAAGCACCGCAGAGGGUGUCUGGUGCAUCACACACUCCUAGACGGGGAUCGGGAGAAGCCCAGACCCAACCACCUCGCCAAGCAUCAAGCGAUGCUCAAACUCAACCUCAGGGUUCACGUAGAAGCUCCAGUGAGGCUCAGGCCCCUCCGAAAGAUGCCAGUGAGACACAGUCACUGCGCAGAGGCUCCAGUGAAGCAGCUCAGCGCCGUGGCUCAAGCGAAGCCCAGGGUUCACGUCGCGACACCGGGGAGGCCCAGCCUCCUCGAAGAGGCUCCAGCGAAUCACCAACAUCGCCUGCAGCUUUGGGUCAAGUUGUAACUCGGAUAACGGGGCUGCUAGGAGAGCAGUGGGCACAUCUCGGAAGCAGCUCUGGCACUCAGCAAACAGCUAGCCAGCAGGAGAGCGCAAGCACACAGAAAAAGACGACAGGGAAAAGAGCGGAGGCUGGAAAGGCAACGUCAGCCAAGCCAGCGGGGAAAGCAGCCCCAGCAGCAGCAGCGACAGGGAAACCAGCGGGGAAACCUGGUACUUCCAAAAUGAGCUCCAUUCAGAGCCAACUGGUCAGCUCCCUCAGUGUCCUCUCUGCCUUCUACUCCCCAAGCCAGAAAGUGGCUGCUGCCAGCAAACAGCAAGAACAAGGUCUCAAAUCCAUCAUGAAGAAAAAUGGUGCAGCAGGCAAGCAGGGGAACAAGGGAGCCAAGAAAAACCUGAAGUUUGUGGGGGUGAAUGGAGGAUAUGAGACGACAUCCAGCGAAGAGUCGAGUGGAGAUGAGAAGUCAAAGGUGGAGGUAGAAGAGGAAGAUAGCUCAGAACCAGAAGUGGAGAAGGAGCCUGAGAAGGAGCCUGAGAAGGAGCCUGAGAAGCAGCCAGAGGAGGGAGCAGAAGCCCAGAGAAAAGAUUCAGAGGUCCCAACUGAGGGAGGAGGUGCUGUGGCUCAAGAGAAGGAGACUGAAAGAGGUCUGCUGGAUCCAGAAAGUAGCCAGGAGCUCCUGGAAGAGCAGGCUGGAGGGGGAAAAGUCGACAAGGGGUUUAUAGAUGCAUGCCUUUAUGUAAAGGACCGCAUGGAGGAGGUUUCAUCCCCAGAUAAAGAAAUGCGCCAGGUUUUAGUGGUGCUCUACCAGGAGUGGUUCAGAGUCUCCAGUCAAAAAGACUCGCAGGCAGAUACUGUCAGAUUAUACCUGCGACAAGUGGGGAUGACCACACCCACUCUCCUGCCAUAUGUUGUUAACUUGACAGACGGCAAUGGGAAUAUGGCUCUUCACUACAGCGUGUCACACUCCAACUUCCCUGUGGUCAAACUGCUGCUGGAUACCGGCCUGUGCGAAACAGACAAUCUCAAUAAGGCAGGCUAUACUCCAGUGAUGCUGGCUGCACUGACGGCUGCUGAGAGCCCCGAUGAUCUUGAAGUGGCACAGCAACUGUUGAAAGUGGGAGAUGUCAACGCACGCUCCAGACAGGCGGGCCAGACAGCACUCAUGCUUGCGGUGAGCCAUGGCCGCGUUGCCAUGGUGAAGCUGCUCCUGAGCUGCGGCGCGGAUGUAAAUGCCCAGGACCGCGAGGGCUCGACGGCCCUGAUGUGUGCCAGCGAGCACGGGCACACACACAUCGCUCGCCUGCUGCUGGAGACAGGUCGCUGUGAUACCAGCCUCAAAGAUAAGAACGGUCAGACGGCUCUGUUGGUGGCAGAAGGAGCCUCUCAACAGGACAUAAUUGACCUUCUGAAGGCCAACGCUGAGGUCCAAACCUCUGAGUCCACAAGCACCGCAGACCUCCUCUGAGUCAGAGUUCUCCAAACCAUCCCAGCUCGCCAUUCAACCGCUCAACCGCUCUGUUUCCGUUAACCGUGCCCGCCAACAUGGGGAGAAAACACUGAAAUAAACACACGGUGGUACCGCACACAUCAUAAGACGUGGCAGGAGCUUUUCUUCCACGUCUCUGCCAGUAAUGCUGGUGGGUGUCGAUGGAUAUGCUGCAUCAACCGCUCAGGUCCACAGCUGAGGGCCCCGACAGCCUGAUGAGAAGAUGUUUCCACAGUGUCAAGUGUGACUGACGGGAUGUUAAGUAGGACACGGGGUGAGACUAUAAAGCAGGACAACACAUUGGGCGGCCUAGCAAGUGGACAGAGAGAGCCUCUGAACUGCUGCUUCCUAUCAUCAGCUAACUCUUAAAGCAAAAUACUAAGCACAUGAUCUACCUUUGCAAAGAUAGAAUAUGAAAUAAUACAUUAUUUCUAUUUUUUUUCCCUUUCAUGACAUUGAAAUCAGUCUUUACAUAUUUGGACAUAAGCCAUUAUUGAGGACAUACUUUAUGUAGAAUAGAUUAUAAUCACAAAAAUCACAAAAACUGUAUUUUCUACUGCACUUUUUUAAAAUUGUUGAUGUGUUUCGUAAAUAGUCCUCUAUAAUAGUGGUGUCCAGAUGAAAUUAUAUAUCUCCGAAAAGCAUUCAUUAGGAAUUUAAAUAACAGAAUAUAACUUAUAACAGAAUAUAUUUGACAUUCAGUGUAUCGUUUUUGCCGUAGGACCCAUCGCUUUUCACAUGUGGGACAUGGGUGCUCAUCAGCUGUGUGUUAAUGAGAAACAAAUCCUUUCUGUGGGACAUUAAACUAUUUUUUAUAACCACAACAUGACCAGGCUGAAGAAAGACAAUGCUCUUCUCUUAUGAAGAUUGUACUGCAUGCAUGCCAAUACGUUUACUCCCCCUACUGGCUGUCUUAUAGUACUAAACAGCAGUAUGUUGUAGUACUGUCUGUUCUCAUAGCGUCUCUCUCUUUCUCUACAUCUCCCGCCUUCAGUUCAAAUAUAAUGUAUGCCUUGUUCGCCUGCUCGUUUUAAAAUCAAACCAUGUAUGCAACUGCUACAAAAUGCACAAUGAAUGUCAGGCUGGCUGUGACACAUUCCAGGAAAUUAAUGUAGCAAGUUUAAAUACACUGGCAUGGGCUUUACGACUAACAGACACAGACUGUCAGUGGAUGUGGCAGACAUUGGAAUGAGUCUGGUUAUUUAUAUUACGCGUGGUGAGACACAUCGUCUUGUCCUUGCUUUCGUGAGGUCUCAUUUCAUAAACGGUAAGACAACAUGGUAAAUCUGACCCGAGGUUUGGGUUGAGGGUAGAGCUGGGACUUGGGUUUGCGUUUUAAGAAGCAAUAGUAAUUGAAUACUACCUUACUGUCAGUCAUAAAGUAGGUCGAGUGAGUGACCUUGGUCGAGCCUUAAUCAGACAACAUAAGACAUAAGAUGUUUUCCACAGUGUUGAUGUUUUUGUACCACAAACCUACGUUCGUAUUCCUGAGCUAAUAUAAAGCAGGAGUAGCGGUCUUUAAAAUAAAGUUUACAGUUUCCCACUCUGUGACCGCUGCUGAUGUCAAACAGUCCCGUAUGUUUACAGUUAAAUGGAAUGCUGAAAUGAUAUAACAGAAUGGCAUAAAAUGAUCUGUAAUAUAACAUUAUUAUUAUUAUUAUUAUUAUUAAUUUUAGAUAAUUCAUGUAGUUCAUGGACUGCAAAGGAAAUAGGGGGAGUAAGCCUAAAUUAGAAAAGAAAAUUGAUAGGCAAAUCGAUCAAGUUCAUUGUAAGCCUCUCUUUUCACCUGAUUAUGAUCAUAUUUAUGACUACUCUGAUCUUUGUUCUCUUUUUUAAAGAGUUGGAGGUGGGAUUUAAAGGGGAAUACCACUUACUACUUUAACAACUGCCAUAUAUGUGACCUAUGACCAUGAUCCAGUCUGAAUUUACAAAAGAAAAAAAGCUACACUCCAGACAGCUAACGAAACGAAACGCUGAACAUUUUUCAAGCAUACAGACAAAUCAAACCUAUCAGCUGUUAUUAUCAUUUAUUAAUAAAACUGGAUUAGCAAUUGAAUAUUUGUGGCCAUAGUGAUACAUCAUGUCAUUGGAAUACAUUAGCAUUUUGUCUUAAUUGGUAUUAAUUUGGGGUUUUUUUUGCAGUGGGGUUUGUCAUUCUAGUAAAUGUUUUCGGGCACAAAUAUAAAAAUAUGUAGACUGACCAUGACGCAAGACUCAUUUUAAAUGAAGUAUAUUAUAUAGAUCUAUAUACUUUGACUUAUAUAGUACAUUUACACAAGAAAAUACCUUUUUUCACACUGACUUAGUAAUCAGAUAAGUAUUUGUGGGGGCUCACAAAGUAGCACAGGUUUUCUCCACAACGACGCUGCAUUCACACAACAUCAGUAAAUCUCAAUGUUAACUCUGUGCAGCGCAUCUGAUCAUCACUGACUGUCUGUGUAUGAAGGAACAAAAAUAAGAGUCUCUGUACAGCCGUAGCUUCCUGCAUUGCAGACAGCCAAAGGACGAUCGGGAGGGCGCUGCGAGAAUUAUCUGGUGAAUCUGGUCUUCCGUGCCUGCGUAUAAGUCUCUAUGAAAAUCUAUAUGUUUAAUCCCCUGUGACCCAGAUAUUAUAAGGUUUCACGUGAGCACCAAAGAACUGAAACCAAAUCUGUUUCACAUGGGACUAAAUAUGUAUUUUAUGUGUUCCUGUAAAUCCAGCCAAAUAUAUGUACAUACAGUAUUGUGAAAAGUAUAUAACAAGUAUUGUCUGACAGUUUGCUCUAAGAUUACAGUAUUUAUUCCAAAUGCUAUAUUUUUUAUCGUAUAAUAUACCUAUGUAUGCAUGGACAAAUAUUCAAGUGAUACAGCUCAAUGGGAAUUUUGAAUGACUGAAAACUGUACUGAGUAUACCCUGAUGAUGUGAUCAUUUAACUUAUCUUUCAUCGGUUGGGUGGUUAUAGUACAUAGUGUGAUUUGACGAGGUUGUGGACUGUCAUGUGUCCUUUAAUGCUACUCUUGACAUUUCAGAUCUGACACUGACUUAAGCUGUGAGAGCAACGUCUCCCUUGUUUGAAUAUCAAAGUGGAAAUCCGAGCCGACGUACAUGACAGAGUCAAAUGUAAAAAGUUGUACCUCUCUGUAAUAUUCCUUGUACAACAGGCUUGUAUGUUACAAACCAGAGAAUCAAUUCUAAAUAAAUAAA